AUGGAAGUGCCAAUAACAGAAGCUAUACACGGGAGAGGAAGAAAACGCAAGAGAGAGCCGGAGAAAUGGAAGGCGAACAGGGCGAAAAUUCAAAGAGAUGUGAGAAAUCUACUAAAAAAGCAUUAUGGUGAAGACUGGAAGGAGUUACCUAAUUUGGUAUACUACAAGAAUGUUUUAUUUAACCUAGAUGAAGAAGAAUUACAGCUAUUAGAAGAGAAUGGAGAAAAUGAAACAAAUGUCAUGGAAGACGAAACUUGUGAAGGAGUCGAGGAAGAUGUUACGCUAAGGAUAUAA